AAACACUAAAAUUUAUUUUUAUUUAUCAUAAUUGAUAAUGCAAUUCGUUAAACAAAUUCUAUACGCUAUUGAAAUAAUAAAAUUUGUCUUAAUACAUAAUCGGCUAAAUGGGGGAAACAAAACGUACGAAAAUAAGCAGUUAAUUAAAUUAGACAUUUUGGUGAGCUAAAAAAAAAGUGGCAAGUGGGAACACUUGUACAAAUGAUUAGAUUAAAUAGCAAACAUAUUUAGAACCUUUAAAUAGAAAAACUAAAAGUGUAAAAAAUUUCUAAACUAAAACGGGCGAUCAGUGAAUUCCAAAGUUUCGAAAAGAGUAGAUCGCGAGCAAAACUAUCUUUUGUUAAGAGUAUAUGAGUAUAAACGAAAAAUAUAUAUAUACAUAUAUAUAGUGCCAUUUUGGAUUUAAGCCAAAAAAAAAUAAAAAAGUUCUAAAAUUAAAAAAGAAAAAAAAUCAAAUAAAUAAACAAACAUGUCUGCAGAAAAUCUGGCAUCUUUAUUAAACUUAGACGAAUGUAAAGCAAUUGUUGAUAAAUUUAAUCAAGAAACCGGCCAACAAUUACAAAUUAAAGCGUUAAACAUUAUUUCGGCUACAGAAGCUAAAGGAUUUUUGGGUGAAUAUUUUCAUUUAACAAUUGAGUGUUUUAGACAAGACAAUGAUAAUGAGUUAAUUGAUCAAGAUGUCGUUGAGAAUGAUGCCAUAUUUUUGAGAUUUUUUAUUAAAAAUCUACCACCUGUCGAUGAAGAACAUGAAAAAGUUACAAUAUUUCGUAAAGAAAGUGCUUUGUAUGCAUCGUUAUUGCCGAAAUUGCAAAAAUAUUCUACCGAAUCCUGGUGUCCCAAGGUAUAUUUGUGCUAUAAAAAUCUUUUGGUUUUAGAAGAUCUCGAAAGUUUAGGAUUUCAAUCGUUAGCUUCAAAAGAAAAUCUAAAUGAAAGUGAAAUGUUUCCAAUCCUAAACGGCCUAGCGGCAAUGCAUGCUUCCAGUCUUCUCUACGAAUUAAAUAAUAUGGAAAGUAUUGAAGAAAUCUAUUACGAAAGCCUUAAAGAAAUCACCGUACAUCCCGAUAUACCCUGGUUUACAACUGGUCUUAAGGCCGUUAUUGAAGUAGCUAAACAUCAUUCAAAAUACCAAGCAGAAGUAUCACAAACAUUUAUUGCUAACGAAUUGCCUCUUCACUUGAAAAAUAUUUACUUUAUGGUGAACCCUUCACCCAAAUAUCGUAACGUUUUGUGUCAUCGUGGUAAUAUUUUUUUGCACCAACAUAUUCCUGAAAAAUCGGCUGUGUUUGUGGAUUUUCAAACAUGUCGUUAUAGUCCGCCAGCCAUUGAUGUUAUCUUUACAUUAUUUAUGAAUUUAACAAAACAGGAACGGUUGGAAAAACAAGCGAAUUAUUUGAAAUAUUACUACGAACAAUUGGUGCAACAUGUAGCUAAUCAUUUACCCAACGAUAAAUCCCUAGAUGAAGUGGUUUUCUCAGAAGCUGAAUUUUUGGAAUCAAUUGAAGAAUUCCAGUUAUUUGGUUUAGUCUACAGAGCUUUGGCGUCCUCUAUUUUAAAAGUACCCAAAGAAAUUGUAACAGAUUAUUACAAAAAUGAAGAACGAUCGGUCAAGCUAUUGGAAUAUAUGGAAGAAAACGAAGAAUUCAAAAUGUUAAUGGAGGAGUGUAUAGAAGACAUUAUAGAGGCAGUUGUGGAUAUUUCUAUAAAAUCAAAUAAACAAAAAAUUAAAAUGAGUGAAACCAACAAUAAUAAAGAACUUUUAGAAAGACAUCAUCGCCAUGAUUUAGUUACUACAGCAGAAUGUCAAUUGAUAUUGGAGAAAAUUUUAAAAGAGGAAAAUCUUAAGGGGUCAUUGGUUGCAUAUGAUAUCGUACCAGAGCUGGGUACUGUUGGCUAUUUGGGUGAAUAUUUUCAUUUGUAUAUAAAGUAUCAAUUAGAAAAUGAAAAUAAUGUAACAGAAAGACGUCUAUUUGUUAAAACAAUGCCUUAUCAAAAUCCCGAUAUGUCGGAUUUUAUCGAAAGAUCGGGUAUUUUAAAAAAAGAGUCAACGCUUUAUAUGAGACUUCUAAAUGAAUUGAGGAAAUUUUCUCCCAACAUCUGGUGCGCCGAAUGUUAUUUGGUGAAACCCGAUCUAUUUGUCAUGCAAAAUAUUGUAGACUUGGGUUAUGAACCCUUAAAGGAAGUGACGAACUUUUUAAAUAAAUCAUCAAUAGAAACUAUACUACGAGGAUUAGCCUCCAUGCAUGCCUGUAGUUUGGGAUUUGAGCAACACAAACAAGUUAAAAUUGAUGAACUACUAAAGGAUGUGCUAUACGAGGUAACAGUUUCCCCGAAAGUGGUCUGGUAUACUGCAGGUCUUAAGGCUGUUUUGGCGGUUACCCUCAAACAUCCCCUAUAUCAAGCUGAACCUUUACAACUUUUUAUAAAAAACGAAUUGCCUUCGAUACUUAACACAGUAUACGAUAUGGUUAAUCCUUCCACGAAAUAUUGUAAUGUCUUCUGUCACCGUGAUGUCUGGGGUGGUAAUGUUUUCUUUUCAAAAAGCGAUCCUUAUAAGAAGGGCGCCGUAUUUGUUGACUUUCAAUUGUGUCGCUAUUCACCGGCUGCUAUAGAUAUUCUAAUGACUUUAUAUAUAAAUAUGAAACCGAGCGAUAGAAAGCUGAUUGAAAAAGAUUGUUUUCGAUUUUAUUAUGAGGAAUUUUCUCGGGAGUUAUCAAAUAUGGGUUUAAAGUCUGCAGACUUCAUAACAUACCAGGAUUUCUUAAAAUCUCUUAAGGAAUUGGCUUUAUUUGGAGCCCUUUACAAUUGUAUGUGUGCUACGAUUUUAAGAGUUCCUGGAGAUUAUUUAAAGAAUAUGAAACUGAAUCGACCAGAGGAUUUUCAUCGUUAUACUAAUGUCGAUCGUACACAGGAGGUUUUGGAACUAAUGAAAAGUGACAAUGAAUUUGGUAGUUAUAUGCUGGAAUGUGUGGAAGAUAUGAUGGAAUUAAUAUUGAAAAGUAAUUAUGUUUAAGGUGAUUAAAAUAAUGUUAUAAAACUAAUUAAUAAACUAUCAGAA